GUCCUGGGCACGCUCUUCAUCUACGCCCUGUUCAUGGUGGAGCUCCUCCAGGACCGCGGGGUGGAGCGGAUGGAUGAGAUCAUAUACGGGGUGAACGCGGUGAGCCGGGUGCUGGAGUUCCUGGUGGCGCUGUGCGUGGUGGCGUACGGCACGUGGGAGUCCAUGUUUGGCGAGUGGAGCUGGAUCGGCGUCUCUGUCAUUAUCGUCCACUCCUACGUCAAUGUCUGGAUGAGGGCCCAGUCCGGCUGGAGCAGCUUCCUGCUGAGGAGAGAGGCAGCCAACAAGAUCAGCUCCUUACCGAGGGCCACGGCCGAGCAGCUGAGGGCCCACAACGACGUCUGCUCCAUCUGCUUCCAGGAGAUGUCCGGCGGCGCGGUUGUCACCACCUGCACCCAUUUCUUCCACCCGGACUGUCUAAGGAAGUGGCUGUAUGUCCAGAACACCUGCCCACUGUGCCACAAGCCUGUGAAGUUAUCCCCCGCCCCCGAGGAACCAGAGGAGGAGGGGACGAGUGAAGAGGCGGGGCAAGAUGCCCAGCAGGAAGAAGGGGCCACUGGGGAUGUGGGGAAUAAAGUGGAGGAAGCAUCUGCUGAGGUUGGGGAGCAGUGACCAGCACUAAAGGAGAACACAGUGCUGACCCGCUCCGCAGGGGUUAUAAGGGCCCCGCUGCUGGGUGUGGUAUCAGGGAUUAUCGGGCACUGCAGAAGGAGCUUAUACUUCACUCACCUCCGCUAUUCUACAGUCACCUCAAGUCUUAUUCUACAAUGACCUCCAGAGCUGCACUCACUAUUCUGCUGUUACCUCGUCUAAUUCUACAAUCACCUCCUGAGCUGCACUCACUAUUCUGCUGUUACAUCAUGUUUUAUCCCCCCCUCCCAGUCAUAUGUUAUUUCCUAUUAUAGUACAUCAGCUAUCAGUGGUGUCUUAUUACAGUACAACGGGGGCUGAUAUUGGUCGUGUCUUAUUACAGUACAGCGAGGAAUGAUAUCGGUCGUGUCUUAUUACAGUACACCGGGGGCUGAUAUCAGUCGUGUCUUAUUACAGUACAGCGGGGACUGAUAUCGGUCGUGUCUUUAUUACAGUACAGCAGGGGCUGAUAUCCGUCGUGUCUUUAUUACAGUACAGCGGGGGCUGAUAUCGGUCGUGUCUUUAUUACAGUCCAGCAGGGGCUAAUAUCGGUCGUGUCUUAUUACAGUACAGCAGAGACUGAUAUCAGUUGUCUUAUUACAGUACAGCAGAGACUGAUAUCGGUCGUGUCUUAUUACAGUACAUCAGGGACUGAUAUCGGUCGUGUCUUAUUACAGUACAGCAGGGACUGAUAUCAGUUGUCUUAUUACAGUACAGCAGAGACUGAUAUCGGUCGUGUCUUAUUACAGUACAUCAGGGACUGAUAUCGGUCGUGUCUUAUUACAGUACAGCAGGGACUGAUAUCAGUUGUCUUAUUACAGUACAGCAGAGACUGAUAUCGGUCGUGUCUUAUUACAGUACAUCAGGGACUGAUAUCGGUCGUGUCUUAUUACAGUACAGCAGGGACUGAUAUCAGUUGUCUUAUUACAGUACAGCAGAGACUGAUAUCGGUCGUGUCUUAUUGCAGUACAGCGGGGGCUGAUAUUGGUCGUGUCUUAUUACAGUACAGCAGGGACUGAUAUCGGUCGUGUCUUAUUACAGUACAGCAGGGACUGAUAUCGGUCGUGUCUUAUUACAGUACAUCAGGGACUGAUAUCGGUCGUGUCUUAUUACAGUACAGCAGGGACUGAUAUCAGUUGUCUUAUUACAGUACAGCAGAGACUGAUAUCGGUCGUGUCUUAUUGCAGUACAGCAGAGACUGAUAUCGGUCGUGUCUUAUUGCAGUCCAGCAGGGACUGAUAUCGGUCGUGUCCUAUUACAGUACAGCAAGGACUGAUAUCAUACACAGGUAUGAUGGUAAUGUCUCUGGAGGUCAGGGUGAGCUGUGGAUGGCUCUUCCAUGGUCGGCCCCUUUUGGUUCAUACAGAUAUUGGGGCCCCUACAGGUCGUACCCCCUCCGCCUCCUUCGCCCGGUGCCUGAGAUCUGUACAGAUGUUUAUUAUAAUAAUAUAUAAAGAUUUAUAUUAUAAUGAUUCAGAGAAUAAAACCUUUUUAUUUUUUUUUGGCUGUGAACUCCUCUCUGAUCUCCACCACGACUUCAUGUGUCUCACCAG